AUCAGGGGGCUCAACCGAGGAGUUCACAACAUCAAGGACCUCAAAAAUACAAUACUUCCUACACUCUUUCAUUUCCCCAUAUAAACAGGCUCAUAAUGGGAGCGACCCUGAAAAUCCUCCUCCCCUCCCUCCUAGUCCUCGCCCUCUGUCUAACACCCCUCUUUACACCCCCACACGUGCAACUCCAACUCCAACAACUAUUCUCCGCCUUAUACAUCCCCUCGCAACCCAACAUUCCCUCAAACCCAGAAUCCAAUACCAACCCCUACGAAAUAAAAACCCACACCUUAUCUACCUCCCCCCGAGUAAUCUACAUCGAGAACUUCAUCACCCCUCUCGAAGCUGCGGAACUAGUAUCUCUAAGCCAUUCCAACUUCCGCCCCUCACCCCUCUACUCCGACUCCGGCACCCGCAGUCAGGACAGUAGUUACCGCUCCUCGCUAACCGCCACUCUCCCCUCCUCACCCAUCGUGAAAACAGUCGAGCAACGAGCCCGCUCACUCCCGUUCUUCGCCCCCUCGGUGAAGAUAAAACCGUUAGUCGUCCAAAAAUACGGGCUCGGGAAGGAAUAUAAAGAUCACUACGACUGGUUCCUCCCCAACCCCACCCUAUCAGGAAACAUACCCAGCACGAUAUUCGUCUACAUAUCCGCCAAUCGCACGGGAGGGGGAACGAAUUUUCCUCGUUUAUUCCUUUCUCCCUCCUCCUCCGCCGCCUCCUCUUCCACUUCCUCUUCUGGAGGAGAGAUGAAAGAAGAUGAAGAAAGGUGGUGCGAAUUCAUAGACUGCGACCGGCCCUCUCACUCCGGAACAACGUUCUUACCUCGAGUUGGGAAUGCUGUUUUUUGGCAAAACAUCGAUUCCAAAGGCACCGGCAUCCCCACCACCCUCCACGCCGGCCUCCCCGUAACAAGCGGCGAGAAGAUGGGGAUGAAUAUCUGGAGCUGGGUUGAUUAUUGACCUCUUCAUCAUCCCUUCCCGAGCCAAAUUUCAGUAGUCAACCUACCUAUUUAACGCAUCAAAAGACAAGGUGACUAUUCGGA